UCCGAUCGGGGAUCAGUCGAUCGCGGUUCUUGGAGCGAACAUGAUCAAGAUCGUCGUGCUUGUAUUCGGAGUCUGCGGGGCUCUGGCGAUUCCAGCGACGCCCUGGGUCGAUCCGAAUCAAGAGAAACAAUCGGAGAUGGUCUACUCGCAGCUACCCGGCUCGGAGAAUCUGAACGAGAAAGCGGUUCCCCCGACGAAGCUGCUUGACCAGGGACACCAGUCGAUUGUACCCGAACGACCGGAUUCCGUGGUGAACGUUGAAGCACCUUUGGAACUUCCUGGGACCAAGAAUCUCGCGGAGAAACGUAUUCCCGUGCUGGUCCUCCAGAAAUUGUACCGACCACCCGAAGUAAAGGGGACGGUUUAGAGAAUUCAGACGAAUUUGCUUGUCGAACGUAGUGCAGGACUGGUCACGAGGAUGCUUUAAACUUCUUACGGGGUGACAACACGCGAAACAACUUCGAUCGUUAUACGUACAAUACAAAUAUUAGCACCAACUAUUGUUGUUUUUGUUUCGAAUUGUUUGGAAGAUUGUGUCAAUCGUUUCACCCUUUGCUACCGUUUCGUCGAUAUUCCUGUGUACGAGCGUAUAUGUAUAUGCGAAAAUUUGGUGAACGACGAAAGUAGGCUUUUGUUGUUGAAUCGGUUAAAACGGGCAGAAAUGGAAGGGAAAAGAGGAACAGAGAUGAAUGUAAAGACGAGAAACCAUUUGUACAGCAUGUCGAGACUGUAGUCUGCUGAUUUUUAUCCGUA